CGACCAUAAACAUUUAUUUAUCAGAUCCAUCAUGGCAGUCUUCUUCGGCUGUCUUCUGCUCCUGUCGUCUGCUUUCGCGUCAGUUGAGAGACGUAAUACCGUCUGCUACAAUCCGUUUGGUUGCUUCUCCUCUGAUGGAUUACUGAAGGCGCCCCAGUCUCCGGAUAUUAUCGACACAUACUUCAGGUUGUACGUUAGGGGACAUUCGUCUCAUAUCAAUGAAAUUGGAGGAGCAGGUUGGGAGCGAGAAGUGACGACUUUUACCAACCAUGUCAGCGCAACCAAAAAAACCAAGGUCCUCAUCCACGGUUUUAUAAACAAUGGAAGGUCGCCAUGGGUGAUUCAGGCAAAGAACGAGCUCUUGAAAAAGGGUGACUUUAAUGUUAUAGUCGUGGACUGGGGGUCCGGGGCUAAAUGGCCCUAUGAACAGGCCGCAGGUAACGGAUUCUUGGUUGGCGCCGAACUGGCUGCAUUGCUGACGUAUAUACGAGACCACGCCCACGUGAAGCUCUCGGACGUCCAUAUCAUCGGACACAGCCUCGGUGCACAGGUGGCUGGUCUAGCAGGACACUCCUUAACGAACAUUGGUAGAAUCACAGGCCUUGAUCCCGCUGAUCCUUUCUUUUCCGGCAAACCCCUCAAUCGCCGUCUCGACCCCAAUGACGCAACUUUUGUGGACGUCAUCCAUACUGAUGGCUCCAACUUCACAUUUUCCCAAGGAUUUGGAACUCACGAUAACGAAGGUGAUGUUGACUUUUUCCCCAAUGGCGGAGAGCAUCAGCCUGGUUGUACUGAGGACCCUGGCAGUAGUGCUCUGUAUAAUCUGCUCCAUGGCGGUUUUGGGGUUGUUGCUCACUCACUGACCUGCAGUCACAGUCGAGCGACCGAGUUCUUCAUCGAGUCUAUCAACUCUCCAUGUAAAUUCUACGCCCACAAAUGUUCAAGCAUUACUGACUUUGACGAAGGUCGCUGUAUGGGGUGUCCGGACGGCGGCUGCGCAGCGAUGGGAUAUGAUGCUGAUGCUACAUCACUUCGCGGCACCUUCUACCUCAGUACCUCAACUCAUGCCCCAUUUUGCGGGCAUGAAUACUACAUGGAAAUAGUUAUUUCCCAUUCUUUGCAUGGUCAUUCCUACGGAGAGUUUUACGUUCAGUUGCUCGGCACGAAGGGACAAAGCGAAGAGUUGAAAUUUUCAAGGCACAUGACGUUCUACAUUCCCGACUCCGCAGAAAGACACGUGAUUGUCACUCAUACAGAUAUUGGUGACCUUACAGGGGUCAAGGUCAAAUUUGUACGUGGAGACGGUGUCAAGGCCACAGGGUCAGAACAUGAAGUGCGGGUUCGAUAUGUUACCGUGGAAUCCACCGAAAACACUCAAGGGAAAGUUAAGUUUUGCGGCCAUGAUGCGCAUAUACACGAAAACCACGUGGCAACAUUGCACUCAACUUCCGGUUGCUGAGGCCCAUUUGUCUUGGAUGCCGGGCGAUUCAUUUACUAUGUAAAUUGUAUAAUCCCUGAAACGUGUUUUUCUGAAUUUUGGUAUUAAAGAGAAAAAAACUCUA